AUCGUCAAGCAAAUCAAUCGGCAGUAAACCCUGAACCCACAAAGACCUUUGUCUGCCUAUAAAUAUAGCAUCCUCGCCUGGGAAAGAUGUUGACUCGGGCCAUGGUCAGCAGUUUAAAUGUUAGAUAUACUUGGACCGGAUUACACGAGUCACCCGAGCAACUGGGCCAACGUUUGUUGAAUACCGAUUCCCAUUGGCCUUUGACUGCACUGUGUCAUUAAUGAUAAUUAGUGGACGUGACUAUUCCUCCGCACAAGAAACAAAAAAAAAAAAUUCUAAACGUAAAACUGAAGACGCUCUCGUUUCCUGACACGAACACGAAGUCACAGCAAUGCACAGAUGAUGCCUUUCAGCAUAGCAAACGAAAGCUGCGGAACUCUCAGUCGUACUCGAAACCAUUAAGCGGUUAUCAGUGACACGGGGAAAGAUUUCGAACGUUAAACAGCACUAUUCGUAGCGUCGACAACUGUAAACACUUGCCACUCUAAAAUGCUUUUGUUUGAUCAUAUUCCGUCCUCUUCGGCUUCCACCCUCUUCAUAGUGUAAAACACAGUCACGGAGGCUGUCAUAUAAAUCUAAACCAGGAACUUUUAACUUUCCCUCGAUGCCUAAUGAGUCCAUCUGGUUUCAGUAAUGUUCUCUUGUCUUCUCGUUGGACUCUUAAUGGGUGACCGCGAACCCUACCCCGCCCUCUUUUGUCGGUCCUCUCUGAUCCAUAUUUUGGACUUAAUUCAAUUUGUCCAACAACCUAAUCCUUCUUUUUGGAGGAUCAAAAACAAUAACGCAUCACUUCUUGGGAAGUAGAGCUGUGUUUUUAUUCUUACUUCCCCCUCAGUAAAAUUACGACUCACUGUACUUGCCUCGAAGGCAGCAUAGCCACAGCAUUAAAUCCUUAAAUCCUACAGCAACAACACCAAAAAGUGAACGAAGUACUUCCGUCUCGUCAUAUACAAUGGCCUUCUUCGGCCAAAUGAAAAUAAUUAUGAUUUACAAGGUGACGGAGGUGCGCUCACGAGGGAUGCUCAUAGAUUCAUAUAUACCACGACGAUGAAUCCCGUACGAACUACAGCAACAGAGCCUUGCCAAACAAAACAAUCUGGAAACAAUUAAGCAGUAUAAACUAAAGUCCAGCGACAAGACUACAGAUGUUGAUGUCCACCAAGGAGGACAGGUGCAUUGUGUCAAGAAUUGAACUGCCUUAGACUACCCAGUCCAUUUGACCUGAAUAACCCGCAUACAAAAUGCAAACAUGCACAGAUACAAGAAUGAUUUUUUUUCAAAUGUCUCUUAAAAUUAUAGCUAUAUGGCGGAUGAAACAUAAAAGAACUGUUUAAUGUUUCAGUACUUUUUUUGCACACUUUCAAGAUGAAGUUAAAGUUGCAUAAGUUGUUUUCAUUGUCACCGCACGUGCACAAAAGUACAUGGCAAUGAAAUCGGCUUGCUGUUCGCCAACAAGGAAAUGAGCAGCAAAAUUCACAACAGGUGUUUGUUUCAUGAAAGGACCAAGAAAAUUCCAUUGGGUGUCCAUCUCUACACCUUUCUGUGACUCCUUCUGUUGUCCCUCUGUAUCUGUAUCAGAUACUCUCUUAUCAUCCGGUUCUCUCAGUUUGCCUUUCCGCUCCUUUUAAAAAAUGCAUGUUCAUUCUGAAAUUUCAUCCAAAAGCUGAAUUUCUUUCACUUUUUGUCUGAAGAGAAUCGUCCAAAAAAAAAAACCUCACGCAAAAGGCAAACUGCUCGCAUAAUGGCAUUACAGUGACCUCUGGUGGCGACAUGUCAUACUCACAAUGCUCGGUCUCCGAAAAUUCAAUUCACAAAAAAAAGGUGAUGCAAUUCACCUAAAAUGGGAUUAAAUAAUUGGUCUGUUUUAUAAUUUAUGUUUCCAUAUGAAUACCAUCCACUAAACGAUAGAAAUACUUGGCACCGCAUACAGGAAACACGAUUCAAAAGUGGUGACCUGACGUCACUAUUUCCACUCCACCCGACGCUUUUCUUGCCAUACGAGAUGUAAUCUAUACGUUUUUAACAUAGUCUUGUCUGAACUGUUUGGAGGAAAUACUGAAGAGAAAUAUAUAUAUUUUUAAAAGCGCUGUCAUUGUUUCAUUAAAGAACCCAGACAACAAUAUUAAAAAGCGUGCUAUAGUCGAUGACUGAUACCAGUCGUUAAAAUAUUAUUUUUCAAUUACACGCUCAUCCAUUUAAUUCAAGACUGUACGAGUGGAUUGUUGUUGACUUGUUGAAUGUUUACUGUCGUAGUUAUUAUCUGCUCUCUUUUGUCACUUUCUGUUGCUAACAGUUUAUACUGCAGUGAAUGUAUCAAAAUGACAAAACGGGUAAUCGUAUGAGUAUUUAUUUCUGUAUCAAUCAUAAAAUAGAAUAAUUCUAAAGCUGCGUUUUUUUCUGUCGAACUUGAUGGGAAACGGACGGAAACAAAUCGGUUUUGUUCGUGACGUAUGAAUAAGGAAGUUAGAAUGCGAAACGGAAAUCCGCAUUACUGGAAAGUACCACAAAGACAGGGAAGGUGGAUACAAUUGUGCUGGGGGGAAAAAAACACUUGGUUGUUCUAUUUUGUGAUGUUUGUGAUAAGCACCGUACAUCAGCUAAAACCUUGUCUCGCAAAUUUGGAAUUUGAUCAGCUCUGCUUGUUUAAUGCCUGAUGAGUCACGCUCAUCCUCUGUGACAGACAGCCAACAGCUGCAAUUAUGCAUUUGAAUGCGACAGUCUCUAUUUAUAAGUCUCCAGGACGAAAAAAAAGCAUUUGAAAUCCACCUACAGUAUAAUCUCCCGAAAAUGAACAUCAUACUAAAAAAAAAAAGUCAAAGACUAGGUUCUUGCAACGCACGCAGUCUUCAAAUGUGUUUCCUGUGCAUCGGUGCGUGUUUGUUCCCCGCUCUCUUGAAUUGCGAUCUAAGCCGCAUUUGCAAGAUGAAACCGUUUUCGUGCGUCAGUAGGGGGUCCUCGUCUGCUUUGCCUCCCCGCUUUCUUUUUCUGGGCAAGAGUUACCUUGCGGUAUGCGUCUUUUCCAUCAUCGCUGCAUCUCUCAACUUUACUUAUGGGUGGUCCCUAUGCGAUCUCAAAUUCUCACCUCUUGCCUGUUUCAGUGUCACGAUCAAAAUACACGUGCCGAUUACUUCCGCAACAGAGCUGAAUAGAUGUUUGUUUUGAAUGGCAUACGUUAUUCAAGUCAAAGAGCAGAUCAUCAAAAGAUAUACUUAGUUAUGUAUGCUUCAAAUAGCUUUAAGACUGGUCUGCAUUCACCAGUGCCCCGUUUCAAUGUUGACAUCGGGUAAGGUGUCCGAAUGAUGAAAUAUGACUCUGUCGGAGUGAGCAGGGUCGGGCAAAGGUGCCGGGAAAGAAACCAUUGGAAAGCUUGACUACAGAGAUAGCGCUGCAACUGGAAAGGGGAAGCAGCGGAGUGUUUACAAGGAAGACAAUAUUGAUAUAACCUCACAGCUCAGUUAGGGGGGGGAUAUUUGUGCCUCCGAUUUGUUUUCACAACGUGUGUCAGUAAUGUGGAACCAACAGAUCUCUCUAUGGAAAGCGUCCGCCAACAAGAACGUCAAGGAGCUCCGGGCCGUCAGCAAGGUGUGUGGCCUGGCAAAAAGCUGGCAGCAGUGGAUAACGGACAACGAGGGGAAGCAGGCCACCGAGCCUUGCGGAUGGUCUCCAUGGCCCGGAGACUCAUCAGAGGAACCUCGAAUGUCUUGCGUCGCUACGAAAUUCAUUCCCAGCCAGAAGACGGAGGAGGAUACUCCGCAUCCCGUAGUUGCCCCUAAAACGGUAUCCGACGCUCUGAAUUUGCCUCGAGAUAGAACGAAGAUUGAAGAUGCAAACAACUGGGCGCUACCAAUGAUUUCAACGUCCAUCGAGAUGAAGCUGGUGAUGAAGAAUAUUCGCAGUGGGCCGCAAGACAGGCGAGCAGGAGUUAAACUACUGGCAAAGUGUCUUGAGAAAAGCGGAUCGGGUGAGGGCGCAGACAGGUUGCUAGAAACACAAAGCUCUCUCCCUUCCCAGAGAAAACGUUCCAAUGUGCUCUCAUCGCUGACUCAAAUUGGGAUACCGGUGGAAAAUGAGCAGAAGCCUGGAAAAGUUGUCCCGAUAGAGAAACAGAUUCUUGGUGCUGAUCCAAAGCAGGAUCGUGGACUUACUCGAUUAGAAACUGACGACGAUGACGACGCAUCCAGAAGUAUAUCGGCGAAAAUCUGUGACGGCGAGUCAUCGGUGAAAAUCAAAAAGCCGCAAAUCCUCACGUCCGGUAAGGAAGCUGCGGAUGCCAAUAAGAUCAACGCUCUCUCCAAGAAAUACAGCUCGGUUCGAAAUCUCAAGAGCCGCUGGCAAAACUGGGCCGCGGAACACACCGAUAACCAGAGAGUCAACCCCUUCAGUGAAUACUUUGACUACGAGUACUCCAUGUCCCUCCGACUCCAAAAAGGUCAAGACGGCUACGGGCGGCCCAAGGAGGGCACCAAAACAGCGGAGAGAGCUAAACGAGCCGAGAAACACAUCCACGGAGAGAUCGCCGAUAUGUGUUACAUCAUCAGAACGAUGGCCGAUCCAGAUCAAGACGGGAAGACUCGAGUGACGUUUGGAGAGCUGUUUGACAGAUACGUCCAUAUUUCUGAUAAGGUGGUGGGGAUUCUGAUGAGAGCCCGGAAACACGGGAAAGUCCACUUUGAGGGGGAAAUGCUGUGGCAAGGACAGGACGAUGGAGUGAUUAUCACUCUUCUGGUGUGAUCGCACACCGAUUCUGGAAUGUAUACAAUCACAACGCUGUCGUAAAAUUACAAAGUAAUCUCUCCGCCAAUCGAUUAGGAAAACGUUUUGUUGUGGUGCUAACUUGUGGCUUUUAAAAAUGCAUCCCCAAAAACAUGCUAGCUUUAUUUGUUUUAGUGUUGUAAACAAUGAAAUGUAAGGAACACUAAUUUUCACAUUAGCAAAACUUAUACUUUAUUGAAUUGAUAGGCUUAAUUUUUUUUUUAAUCGGUUUACUGUAUUGCUUUUUUUUUUAAUCGUGUAUUAGCAACUUAUCACCGUUGCACCAUUUCGAACUUACAGUACAUGUUUGCACAUUAGCCUCCCAUCAGUAUUGCGUAGUUCUAACCAUUAUUUUGUAACACAAAGCGCCUCCGCGACAAUUACAGCAACACGUGACAGCAAAAGUUAAAAAGAUUGUCGCUUGAAUAUUACAAGACCCAUUUUCCCCGGGUUGAGGACCCCCCCUAGUGCUCUAAGCCUUUGUCAGCUGUUUUAUGGAACUGAUUGGUGAUCAAUCAUUGUGGUCUGCGUCAAAAUAAUAAUAAAGCAUUCAAAAUAAUCAUACUAAAAAUAAAAUGUACAUGAGUGGGGAGCAUGGAUGCUAUCGGUUAGCUAACCACAAAACAAUCCACGCGCACUUUGCGAGUGGCACUUGCACCUUUAGCCAAAUUACUACAAUGGGAAAAAAAAAAAGAAAUCGCAAAUCCCCCCCGAACAUGUUCAUAUCUGGAAGUGCAUUCUUUUCUAAUUGAAGCAUGAACAACAUGGCGUGAUUGUCAAGGAAAGAUCUAACUGACCUGGCCGCUAUGGCUAUACAUUAGAUCGGUCCAAAGUCAAUAAAUGACGUCAUAAAGUCUUUCAAACACAUGUCAAAGUCACACACAAAAUGCGGACAGGGCAGGUUCCACAUGUCAAAAGAGAUCAGCAGAUAGGAUUUCAUACCUGAAACAUUUUUUGGAAAUUUUUAAGUCCUCCUCAUCCAUGCUUAUGUGCACACCAAUGAACUGCACGCACAUGAGUGUGCCAGUAUAAAUUGUAACCUAGAUUAACUGCUACUCACAGUUUAGACUGACAGAUUAUUGCUGAAACUUCCUUGUAGGGAAUCCAGGCUUCAAUUGAAGGAUUAAUGAGUUUUUUUUAAUUCGGCAUUUCUUGAUGGAAUGAAUUUUAUAUAGUUCCUUUGUCAAAGGUAUCUUCCGAUCGCAGAGAUAAUCGUC